AUGUCUGCCCAGAACUCAGCUGGUAUUCAACAGCUGCUCAACGCUGAGCAAGAUGCUUCCAAGAUUGUCCAGAAAGCCCGAGAAUACCGUACCAAGCGCGUCAGGGAAGCUCGCGAUGAGGCCAAGCAAGAGAUAGCCGACUACAAGGCCAAGAAGGAAGAAGAAUAUAAGAAAUUCGAGGCCGAGCACAGCAAGGGCAACGAGCAAGCCGAGGCCGAAGCCAACCAGGAAGCCGAGAAGCAAAUCAAGAGCAUCCAGGAGGCUGGCAAGAAGGGACAAGCUCAGGUCAUCAAGAACCUCCUCAGCGCCGUCUUCGACGUCAACCCCGUCCCCCCCAACAAGUCCUGA